AUAACAAUGCAAUGUGAUUCUUUUGCGCAUUAUGAAUUAUAAACAAUCCUAUCUGAGACAGAUUAUUCAAAGAGAGCAACUAAGAUCAUUUGUACAAUAGGGUAACAAAUAUUUAGAUAUCAAUUAGACCUGCUUGUUGGGAUGUGCCUACUUUAGUCUAAUUAAUAGAUGCAGGAAUGAGUGUGGCUAGACUCAAUUUUUCUCACGGUGAUCAUAAAGUUCACGGGGAAACAGUAGCCAAAUUGAGAGAAGCCUUUAAAUAAAGAAAGGACAAGCCAGUCGCAAUAGCCUUAGAUACGAAGGGCCCAGAAAUAAGAACUGGGUUGAAUAAAGAACAUAAGUAGAUCGUGUUGAAGAAAGGAUAGAAGUUAGAAAUAAGUAUGAACAUUCUAAUAUUACUAAGCUACUGAUUAUUCAUUUGAAGGCACAUCAGAAUGUAUUCCUUGCAGUUACUAAAGUUUAUGUAAAACAGUACAUGUUGGAUCAUAAAUCUUGAUAGCCGAUGGAUCUGUGGUUACAAUUGUGGAUGAAAUAAAAGAGGUAUUAGAAAUAGAUGAUAUAUUUCAUUAAUAGAACAGUGUAAUAGUAACAGUUUAGAAUGAUGCAUCAUUUGGAGAAAAGAAAAACAUGUCUUUGCCUGGAGCCAUUAUUGAUUUGCCAACAGUGACUGAAAAGGAAGAGGAAGAUCUUGUUAAAUUCGGUUUAAAACAUAAUAUUGAUAUCGUCUUUUUGUCAUUUACUAGAAAGGCAUAAGAUAUAGAAGAUGUUAGAGACAUUUUGGGUCCCAGAGGAAGUGGAAUCAAGAUUAUUGCUAAAAUAGAAAAUCAGGAAGGAAUGGAAAAUUACGAUGAAAUAUUAAAAUCAGCAGAUGGAAUUAUGGUGGCAAGAGGAGAUCUAGGAAUGGAAAUUCCCCCACAGAAAGUAUUCUAGGCUUAAAAAUGGAUGAUCAAAAGAGCACUUAAUGCAGGCAAACCUGUUAUUACAGCUACAUAGAUGAUGGAAUCAAUAAUCACCAAUCCUAGACCAACAAGAGCUGAGGCUUCAGAUGUGGCUAAUGCUGUAUUGGAUGGAACUGAUUGUGUUAUGCUUUCUGGAGAGACUGCCAACGGGGCUUUUCCUGUUAUUGCAGUAGAGACUAUGGGAAGAGUAACCUAUUCAUUGAUUAAUAGAUAUGUUGUGAAGCAGAAAAAUGUGUUGAUAAUGAAAAAACGUAUUGGAACAGAAUUCAUGAUAGGGGAUAUUUGGAGGAUACCGAAGCUUUGGCUGCUUCAGCUGUGUAAAUGAGCUUUGAAACUAAAGCUCAUGUGAUCAUUUGUUUCACCCUCACUGGCGAAAUCGCUAGACUUGUGGCCAAAUACAGACCAAGGGCUCCUAUUAUUGCAAUUAGGUUUGGAUAUCAAAUAAUUCCUUUAUUAGUACUGAGGACAAAACAAUUAAGGGAUUAAGUAUGACCAGUGGGGUUACUUGUUUGAGAGUUCCAAGUUUCCAGGGAGUUGACACUUUGGUUGAUUACGCUAUCAAAUCUGCUAAGACAAGAGGAAUCAUCAAGACUGGUGACAAGGGUAUCGUGCUACUAGGAGGAAGUGAAGAGAACCCUGAUGAGUCGAAUAUCUUAAAAAUUAAGAAGAUCAAUUGAUUAUUUAUACAAAAG